AUGGAGGCAACGGCACUAAUCCUUUUGUCGGUGGCAUCUACGUGGCAGCCCGUGACCACGGUAGUGUCGCCGUCACUUGUGCCACCUGAGGCCAUCAAGAUCCUGACGAGUCUGGUGUCGGAUCAGUUCACUGACGACUAUUUCUCCAACACCCAAGAAGAAGAAGAACAAGAAGCCGAGAACCGUUGCUUCCUGGUGGAAUCCGCGGGAGAAAUUCUGGUCGUUUUCAAGCUGCCCCAUCGCAUUGAGGUCUUCAAGAUCGGCGACGACAUGGCCGUCCAACCGGUGCAGAGUAUCGGCAGGCGUGCCCUCUUCGUCGGCAACAGCAGGUGCCUGUCCGUCGACUCUGACAAGUUCGCGGCCGUUGAUGCCAACUCCAUCUACUACAUCGAGUACAUGUCCUACGACGUCCGCGUCUACAGCCUCAGCAAUGUCGUUCAGCUUCUCGGCUGCUACGCCUAUGUGGUCCGGAGCUCGCAGCUUGGGCUGGAGCAGAUGCUUGCCCGCUCUUUUUCUAUGCUGAAUGAGUUCACAUUUGAUGGCCUCGGGGAAAUUGCUGACUCUCUCCGUGACAUUGAUGAUUGA